AUGUUUCUGCUGUCUGCCGUCGUGGUUUGGCUGCCGGCUCUCGGAGUAGCCGCCGGCCAAUCCCAAACAUGUGCCGAAGAAGAUUCGCAAGGAUAUUGCAACGAUAGGAAUGACCACGAGAAGGACCAUGACCAAGAGAGUGCGGCUUUGCUACAUUUGAAAAGUGGCAAAAGUGGGACCUUGGGGGGCCCAGUGACACCGUCCACAUGUGAGCGUUCCAAUACGAGUGUGUAUUUCAAUCAUUUGGAGCAUGGAGGUGAUGACUGCUGGUGGGCUUGUGGAGAGCGAGGUGGUUUUUGUGAGUACUGCGGCGGUCAUUUGUGCUGUGCUCCGAAUGGUGAAAGUGACACAGGGUGCCACCAAGAGAUUUGUGCGCAGACCCGCGAUUGGGACACCAACAAUCCGUUCUCACGUAGACGCCAUCAUUUUUGUGGCCGCUUUGAGCCCACAGCUCCAAACUUGACAUCGGAGGAGGCCUUGAUUGAGUUGCCCCAAGUGACCACCCAAACAGAUGAAAGUGCGAGACAGACCCGCUUCCGCUUGCUCAGUGCUUUGAAGGGUCGGCACUUUAUUGGGGAGAUUGCGAGCUUAGUCAGGUGGUUUGACUUUAUCCCUGCCGUGAACGGAUAUGUUGCGCAGUUUCGGCUGCCGAUCGGAGACUACCAGACGAAGAGCUGCGAUUUGGCUGGAGUUCUGGCUAUCCUCGGACAAACGAGCAAGCUCGAUAUGGUUGGUGCUGGCUACUCAUACUACAUUGCGAAGUCAAGCCCAAGACACCCGAGUAUCAACAUGGGUGGCUGCAAAUGCAUGUCUUAUAGCAACGAUACACUGACAGCUUGUGCAGGCGAUGUCCUUGCCGAAGCAGUACUAGUGUUGGAGUCUGCAGGUAAGAGGUUGAUAAGCCAUGGUGGAUACCAUUACCUGUCCUUUGGCGGAAUGAUCGCGACCUUCAACCAUGGAAGCAGUGAGCAUUACAACAGCAUCGUGGAUGGAAUCAACUGGAUGGAGUUCUAUGAUUUGAGCUCCAAAACCUUUCGCGUGUUAUCAAAUCUGACUCUCAUCAAGCAGGUCAUUGCCAGUCGAUCCUUUAUUAUGACCCGAGCCAACUUCUGGACAGUGCCAGACGAAUAUGUGAUCACUGUCACUCGCCAGAUUCGAGGCAAGGAGGUCAUGGAUCAAGAUUUCUUGAAGUCCUUGGACACUGUGCAGUUCGUGUCCGCAGUUCAAAGAUUUCAGACAGAUGGCUCGUACGUGAUGGAGGUUUUUGGAGCUAGUCCCCUUACAACUGCCCAGCUCCAAGUCCUCUACAAGAAGUCAUUCUCUCCGCACGUUUGUGCCCAAGACUACCGCAAGUGUCGCUUUGUGGAUUUCUUUCUCGGAGGCGAUGACGCAGAUGACUCCCAGAGCAUCUUCGGCUACUCCUUCGAUCUGAACGGUCAUGUGGUGAAGUCAAACGUCGUUCAAGCCUGGUGGGAUGUCAAAGACGCUUUUGGCACUCGCUUUUUUGGAGCAAAUUUCCCACCCGAAGUAGCAAACACUCGCUCAUACCAGUUUGAGCUGUGCGUAAGGGGCUACAACUUAACAACCAUGAUCAGUUUCUAUCACACGAGUUAUCAAGGCUGGGCUGAAGACCAGCGGCUCAAUCACGCAGCAAACUUUCGACGCGGCCGUUGCGACUCCUCGGACUCCUUGGAGUGUUGGACUUGGAUCGAAAUUGACAUCCUGGGACAGUACCACGAGGCUGUCCUGCUUUGGAACCGUGUCAUAGGUCUGUUCAACAGCACGGAAACAUACGUACACCGUGGCAAAGAACGGUUGGGAGAAGGACCCGCAAGGGAAGUACUUCAUCUCUGA